GCCCAUCUCAGCCGGCUCGCUGUCCAAGCCCAGUGGGCGAAACCGGUAGAGAAAAGACGCAGGCAAACCUGCCGUUUUCGUCCCACGCGCCUUUCCUUUUCCGCGCCCCGCCCCCCAUUUCUUCACGUUUUGCUCGCUGUCUUCGCCUCUCGCCGUCCCCCACCUCGCCGCCGGCAUUGCGCAGUCCCCCCUCCCAACACCCUCCUCCGAAACCCUAGCCGCGGUUCCGUCCGUCUCCCCUCGAGCCGCCGCCAUGGAAGAGGACCGCGCCGAUCCUUCGAGCCGCCCCCCUGUCCUCUCGCCGCCGAGUGCCCAGCCCCCGCGCGCCCCCGCUGUUCCCAUGGACCUCUCCUCCCAAUACCAUCGCCACUUCUCGUCGUCGCUUUUCCUCUCGCCGGUGGCUCCCCGACUCCCCUCCGUGGCGUCCGGCUCCGACUCGACCUUCAGCUACUACCAGAGUCCGCCGGCACUCGCUCCCGCGGCGGGCGGCGGCGGAUCGCAUCUCGCUCGGUCGCUUCCUCAGCCGCGGUUCUUCCCGAUGGACUCGCUAGCUCCGCUCCCGUACGCCCAGCCGGCUGCGGGUGCGGGGGCGGCCGUCCUGCGCUCCCCGCCGUCGCCGGGCUUCGAGCAGGGGCCAUCCGCCCUGCCGCCGCGCGGGGCGGGGCACCGUCGGUCGCAGAGCGAUUUCCUCGUCGGGUUCUCGCGGCCGAGCCUGACCCUGCCAGUGCCACCCACGGCGUCGCUGACGGCCGAGGGGUGCAGCAAGUCGGUGGACGCAACCGCCUUCGACGACCUCUUCAGCAGGGACCUUAGGGGCAUGGGCGUGCUCGGUUCAUCUGGGGACGGCGCCGAGGAGCGGCACGACUACCUGGGCGGCCAAGUGAACGGCUGCCCGCGCGCGUGGAGCCCCGCUGAAAGCAGCGACAACGAGGCCGAGAGCUGGGCGACGGGUGGCCGUGGCCGCGGCGGUGCAAGCCAUCCUCGGCAUUGCCGCAGUUUGUCGGUGGACAGCAUCAUGGGGAGCCUCAACAUUGGAGCCCUGGGGCAGGAGUCGUCGAGACUGCCACCGCCGUCUCCGGCGGCAGGUGCUGGCGGCGGCCUCUCGCGCACUGGAAGUGGGCCCUCGGGCGGUGCCGCUGCACUCUUUGCUACUGAACUUGCCAAAGGCGAGUUCGAUGAGGCUGAGAGGAAGAAAAUCAUGGCCAACGAUCGCCUCGCUGAGAUCGCGCUGACUGAUCCUAAGAGAGUCAAGAGGAUUCUGGCUAAUCGGGUCUCUGCUGCAAAGUCCAAGGAGCGCAAGGUGAAGUACAUGGGGGAGCUCGAGCGUAGAGUUCAGGUGCUGCUGAUGGAGACUGCUACACUAUCUGCAAAAGUGGCAAAGGAGCAGAGGGAAUCUGAUGCACUUAAAACUCAGAACAAUGAGAUGAAGAUCAGGCUGCAAGCACUGGAGCAGCAAGCACAGCUGAAAGAUGCUCUGAAUGAAGCACUGAGUAAUGAAGUGCAGCGCCUGAAACAUGCUGCUGGUGAGACCAGUGAUCCUCGUGCACCGAACGGUUCAGACCAACGUAUGAACCGCCACAUGAUUCAGCAGCGGCUGCUGCAACUACAGAAGCAGCCAUUAGAGCCCCAGCAGGCUCAGCAGCAGCAGCAGCAGCAGAAGCAGACACAAGAAUCAAAACAGUUCAAGGCUCAGCAGCAGCAGUGGAACCAUUAGAAUGAUUUCACAGAGGACAUAGAAGGGGAACUUCGAUUCAAGUGGGGAUACCAAAUAUGUCCCGGAUAAUAUUUUGCUUAGUUUUAGGACAACAGUGGUUGGAUAAUCCAUAUUUUUUUUCCUCCGACGUUAUUUUAUUGAAUGUUGGUAAUACCUGGGCUGAUUUUGUGCUCUACAAACUGCCAGUAUCUGUAGAUUUGUGCUAGAACUAUCAAAAUUCUUUUUAGGUACAUUUGUUCUUCGUGUUUAAAGGGGUAACUUAAGGGCAAUAUGUAGUACGACAUAUUCUGUAGACGUGAGUUCCUGUAGCUUAUACCCGCACUCAUUCGAUUCAUAAUAACUUUAAUGUUUUGCCUCGAGUAUAGAAUUAUCCAUAUUAUGUAGACAUGUUAUCUUGAUAUGGAUCCUUCUGCCCAGCGUUGC